CUUUUCUAAUUUUUCUACCUCCGACGCUAUGUGGUUUUUCAUUCACAAUUAAAAAUUCAAAUUUAAGCGCGGUAGUGAUCGUGACAUUGGUGGAAGCUGAAAACGUGCGCCUGACAGUGAACCGGUUUCCUUCCCGUUCUUUCUUGAAGGAUACAAACAUUUCCGAUUUUCAAAAAAAUCAAUUGACACCAGUGUUGUGCCGUGGGAGAAAAAGUGUAUUGUGAAAGGAAGUGAAAGAAUUUAAGUGUUGUGAAUGUCAAAUUGAACGAAGGAAGGAUAGGAGUAAAAAAUCAAUUGAAGAGCGAGAGAGUUGUUUAAUAAAAAGUCAAAAUUAAACUGGAAGUCCUUAAUAAAUUUUAAAUUAAUUUUUGAAAGAAGCUGAUAAUUAUUAUUUGAAUAAAAAGUAAUCAGUACUAGAUUUCCGAUACGGUUUUAAUAACGAAUUUCGCUGGUUUGCAAAUGUCUGUCACUGUCUUAUCGAACGAGGGGAUCUCUUUAAUUAUGAUGGCAGCGUGAUCUGCAAAUUUUGUACGAGGCGGUAAGUCCUCGUGAGUGUACGAAAUCGAAGGUUUUUAAUUGAGAAAGUUACCCGGCAUGGAGUGGCUAAGACGGCAGGAUAUCAAGGACCCACCGGAAGCAUCCCGCGGACUAACACCGGAAGACAAUGACGAGUGCUAUUUUGAGGAGGAUGGAUCCAUAGACGAGGGCAUGGGUCUUGACAAUGUUAGUUCAGCAACUCUCAGGCCAUUCAAUUCGGACAUCAACACUCCAAGAAUCGAUAGUUAUAGAUUUUCUAUGGCUAAUCUUGAAGAUUCACAAGAUGUCGAUCUGGACGCCAUCCUUGGAGAACUCUGUGCAUUGGAGAGACGAUGCGACGGGGAUAUUGCUGCAACGCCCGUGUCCGACUCUCAGAGACAAGGACGCCCGGGUAGCACGAGGAUCAAUCCCGGAGAAAAUACAGAGAUUGGAAAAAAUGAAGGAGGGAUGCGCACUGAUAGUCCUGACAAUGACAGCGCGUUUUCGGACACAGUGUCGAUGUUAUCAAGCGAGAGUUCGGCGAGCAGCAGUGGCUCAGGACACAAGCCACCUCAGACCGCCAUGCACACAGCCCCUCAACAGCAAUCACACCAGCUUGUCGAUGCCGCUAGUCGAGCGAAGGCGGAGAAAAUUCGCUUGGCGCUCGAAAAGAUGCGAGAGGCGAGCGUACAGAAGCUUUUCAUCAAAGCAUUCACUCUCGAUGGAAGUGGAAAAAGUUUGCUCGUAGACGAGGGCAUGAGUGUUGCUCAUGUUUGCAGACUACUUGCUGACAAAAACCAUGUUCCUAUGGACCCCAAGUGGGCUGUCGUCGAGCAUCUUCCUGAUCUCUUCAUGGAGAGGGUCUACGAGGAUCACGAACUGCUGGUGGAGAACCUACUUCUCUGGACCAGAGAUUCAAAGAACAAAUUGCUCUUCGUCGAGAGGCGGGACAAGACACAACUAUUCCUCACCCCGGAACGAUUUCUUCUCGGACCCUCGGACCGAAGUGGUGGAGAAUACGACGAUCAUUCCCGCAACAUUCUCCUAGAAGAAUUUUUCUCUAGCAACAAUGUCGGUGUUCCCGAGGUCGAAGGACCUCUUUACCUAAAAUCCGACAGUAAAAAAGGCUGGAAGAAGUAUCAUUUCAUCCUGAGAGCUUCGGGUCUCUAUUACUGGCCGAAAGAGAAGGCUCGUACUGCGAGGGACCUGGUCUGUCUCGCAACAUUCGACGUGAACCAAGUCUACUAUGGUGUCGGCUGGCGGAAAAAGUACAAGGCUCCCACGGAUUUCUGUUUCGCCGUGAAACAUCCCAGACUCCAGCAAGCCAAAUCGACCAAGUACAUCAAGUUCCUCUGCGCGGAAGAUAACGCUGCCCUCGAGAGAUGGAUGGUUGGCAUCAGACUGGCCAAGUAUGGUCGACAAUUGAUGGAAAAUUAUAGAACCUUGGUGGAUGAACUCGCGCAAGAAGAUCUGGAUCUUCUCGCACACGCGCGAUCUUGUUCAGUCAGUUCUAUCGCAAUUCCGCAAAACCAGACUCAGUACAACACGACGAAUGAUAAUGCGAGACAAUUCACGGACACUACCAGGCAUAAUGGAGAUACCGGCAGGCAGUACGAGAAUCAGAGACAGAGUUACACGAGCGAUGGGAGGCUGAGCAGAGCGAGUAGUUCGAGUUCCAGUGGCUGUUUGUCGGAUGGGGCGCCCAGCAGUUGUGAAGUUGCAUUCGAGUGUGGCGAGUUUCCGACGGGGACGAUCAAGAGGAAGCCCUCGAUGAAUCCGAAGCUGCCGCUGACCUCGAUCACGAGGCAACUGAAGGAGGUUGGCGAGACUGUCAGGGACGAGCCUGAUGCUUGUCCGAGUCCAACGAGUUCGGGAUCGGGGACUCUGACGAGGAGACACAGUCGGCGAAGAAGUGGAACGGAUUCCGAUGGUUCCGGGACCUUGAAGAGGCAUCACAGGUCGGGAAAUGUCACUCCGGUUAGUCCCUCGCCGGGCACUCCGGUUAGAGAGAGAUCGAGUCCUUUAAAUUAUAGUAGGAGCGAAAGUCAGGAAUUGAAGACGCCAACUAGUCCGAUCCAGCCAUGCAUGAUGGACUCCAUCACAUCUCUGCCACCUCCACCUUCACCAUCCAGGGUCUCGGAAGAAAUAGAAUCAGACAGCGAGCCUCUACCUCCACCACCACCCGAGAUGUUCCGAUCAAAUCUCUCUCUCGAUUCUCUACCGCCUCCACCAGCACCUGGAGAACUCCCAAUGUGCAGCUCCCCCGACCUGAGCGGCUCAUCUCUAAGUUUAGCCUCUCUGCCUCCACCGCCAAGUCCCCUCGUCGGCGGCGAAACUGGAACGAUUCGUCGUGCCAAACCCAAACAAUCCACUCCCACGAAUUCCCUCUCGCCAAACAGCACACCAACUCACGUGCCAUCAAGGCCCGUGAAUCCAAUUUACUCGAGUACAAACUCCCCAAUCAAUCAAAACUGCGUCUCGCCGACCCAGACCAAUCAAAUCUACAAUCCGGGUCACACCAUCAGCGUAAGAAACUCCUCCCCGCACAAUUCCUACUCGGACUCAAACUGCAGCACACCAACUUACGCCCCAAGUUCGCCCAGCUUCGGAUCCCCGCCGCCAUUUAUCCCGCCACCAGCCUACGGACUCGCGAAUCACGUCAGUCAGCACCUUUCGCGGCAAAACUCGAAAAACGAGCCGAUCUACGCUGGCCAGCCGAAUUGUCUGCAGUCGAUAAGGCCCAAUCCCAACAUGGACACUGUGAGGCGAAGCGCGAUGAAGCAAGGCACGAGUCAUUAUGCAACUCCGCCCUAUUUGGCUGAGCUGAAAGCCUCAUCAAGUCCCCAGUCCCAGAGGCGAGUCACCAUCCAGGAGCCGCCAAUCUCGCCCAAAUCGAAAACCGGAACUGGCAAGAAGAUCACCUUCAAUUUACCGCCUCAGCAGGAACCUGGAAGUCCAGCCUUGCCCCAGAGGAAGCCGAUGCCUCCGCGAAGAUCAGACAGCACUGUCUUGACUCCGCCGAAGAAGCUGGCCGCCUCCGAUCAGGCGCCGCCCGGCGACUUCUUGAAGGACCUUCAGAGGGUGAUGAGGAAAAAGUGGCAGGUUGCCCAGAAGUGCAAACUCGAUUCCACAACCACGCCUCACGAGGUGCUGGGGUUCAGGGAUCCUCCACCCGCUGUCGCCGACUACCGAGAGACGAAUGUUUCCAACUGGGUUCAGGAGCACUAUGGCUGCGACAAUCUCUAUGAAAAUGUCUACAACACGGAUCCGAACGCUCCAGUGGAGUAUGCCUCGAGUCCGGCCAGACAACCUACCGUCAGAUUUGCUGAUCAGAGUCUAAGUAUUAAUAUUAACAGUUCGAUCGCGGGCAAAAGAAGACCACCACCUCCGCCGCCGAAGCGAGCGGAAACCACACAAUUGACGACGAGAGCGAUGCACUGACAGUAGCAGAUAGUCCAGCCCCAUCCCGAGAGGAGAUGGUACUGCUGCAUUUGUAGCUGGUGGAAGCACUGAGUCGUCUUUGAAUUUAUAGAUUUUUUCCAAAAAUCUUUUGCGACUUUUCCCGAUUCAUUAUUAAAAAAAAUUGUAGCUUAAACUUUGGUCAAGAGAAACGAGGAAGAAUUGAAGCCUCCGCGGACAUAAUGUUGGAUCAAGACAUAUUUUGUAUACGUGGCGUUGAAAAGAGAAUUGGAAUCUUUGCUGGAUGAAAAUUCUACUUUUAAAUUUUUUUUUUUUUAUUAUUGAAAAUUCAUCUCCUUUUAAAGAAAUUUAAUCUUUCUUGG